AUGGCUAGCGCUUUGACACGAGUGGCCGAAGACGGAGCCAUCUCACCUUCCUCCUCACCUUCCCAUGCUGGCGUUGACCAAUACUUCAUCGCUAUUGGUAUCGACUUUGGAACCACUUAUUCUGGUGUUUCCUGGACAAGAUCCCACGAAUGGAAUCCCAAUGAUCCACGAUACAUUUACGAUGUCAUGAGUUGGCCAGGGGACCCCGACCAUUAUCAACAAAGACUGGACGAAGCACAAGUACCUACCUUGGUUGACCCGGAAACCGGAGCCUGGGGAUAUCAUUGCCUCUCACCCACCAGCAAUCCCAUACGGUGGUUCAAGCUCCUGCUUCUUCGUGAAGGCGACGCAGGAGUUGAUGUGCGGAGUAGUAAACAGCUCAUUGAAGCCCGUUCGAGACUCCAAAAAAGUCAACGCUACCAGAAGACUGGUCUAGUCGGCCUCAUUGCUGAUUUUCUGAGGGGAGUAUGGGAGCAUGCGUUGGAAGAAAUUGGGCGCGAAGUUGAAGGGCUCGAUGGAGUGCCCUUGAAGGUAGCCAUUGCCACUCCUGCCAUGUGGCCUGAGUAUGCCAACAAGACGAUGAUCGAAGCGGCGCAACUCGCGGGUAUCACGGACCCACCUCCGUUCAGAUUCGUUACCCUUUCUUGGGUUCAGGAGUCCGAGGCCGCGGCUCUCUGCACGCUGAGAGAAAAGCUCAAACGCCCUGUAAAAGAUAUUAUCACCUACACUAUUGAGUCUGUCCACCCCCUUCGAUUCAGGGAAGCUAUUGAAGGCGCUGGUAAACUUUGCGGUGCCUUCCUUAUCGACCAAGCAUUCGAAAAUCAUAUUACGAUUGGUAACAGGUCCCGGCCCGGCAUCCGCAACAGCAAGGAAUUCCGGGAUUUUGUCGAUCAUGCGUGGGAGUAUGGGCUGAAACGCAACUUUCACACGCCGGCCUCAGCUAACCGUGAGAGGAUUGUUGAGCCUGUCAGGUUGGAGAACCUACCACGGGGUCUGAUUCCCAAGCAUGGCCUGGACAGGUUGGUGGGUAGAGGAAAGCCGACUGACAUAGUAUCCAUCGAAAGAGCUGUUGUGGAACAGUGGUUCUCUGCCAGCUACACGGGAAUUCGGUUUCUUAUCGGCGAACAACUCCAGCGGCUCAAGGCGGCAGGAGCCAAGUCGCCUAGCAAAAUAUUUCUUGUUGGCGGCCUUGGCUCCUCGCGAUAUCUGCAUUCAACUCUCAACAGGCAGUUCAACAACAUCUUACAGGUCAGAAGGACGUGGUCCGCCGUUGCUCGUGGAGCAACCAUGGCUGUUCUCGAGGGGAUCUCUAUCAUCUCCAGGGUGGUCAGACAGAGCUACGGGAUCCAAGCUUUGGUGCCCGAAAGCGAACAUAAUGGACCUAGAUAUCAGCCCCUGAAAGAUGAGAUGUACAUAGGACGUGACGGCGUUUCGCGUAUGAAGAGAAUGUUGUGGUACUUCAAAGAAGGCGAUCGUGCAGAUUCCAACGGGAUGAAGGUCUCACAUCGAGUUUUUAUCGACUUUGAUAGCCGGCAUAACACCGAUCUCGUGAUCGAAGUUUGCUUGUGUAACUCUGACAAUCCCCCACCGAGGAAGGACAAGACGGUCAAGCCUAUGUGUCGUUUCAGAUGUCCAAUGAGGGCUCUGAAAUAUGGAGACUGGCAGAAAUUGGUUGAUGAUGAGGGGAUGGUGACCCGAAUUAGGCUCAAGAACGUUAUGCUGUCGAUGAUCUUUGAUGGUGAGCUCAGGUGUAUGUUGAGGACUGGAGAUGAUCAUGCGGAGUUUGAGCUGGAAAUGGAGCCUGUUGUAGAGUCGGAGAUGGAGGAUGGAUUUGAGGGAGGCUGCCGGAUCGGAUUCCUCUAG